GUGUAGGUCUUUUUUUUUUUAAGAAAACACAUUUUACGUUUGCGCCACCUCCGUUCAAUAUUAAAAAAAUAAUUUUAUUAAAAUUAGAAAUUAAUUUAAAGAACAAAUAAAAAAUUAUUUAAAAAUGUCCGCAUCAAGCAAACGUCGUGCAACAUCUGAUUUAAAUCACGACAAUUGGGAUCGUGAAACUGAACCAGAAACUAGAGGAACCUUCCAGUCGGCACCAGAAGAUGAACUUAAAAAUCGUGUCAUACGUAAAGCCCAUAGAAAGCUAGCCGGCACAAGUGAUUCCACAUUAAAAGCAGAAGAUGCCGCCGAUGGAGGACAAACAAAAGGUGUUUUUAGUGGAUUUUCAGGUUUUGGAAAAACACCAUCAACUGCAACAACUUUAUCAUCACUUUCUUCGACUGAUUCGACUAAAAAACCUGGUGAGACUAAGCCAGCAACGAGCACAUUCUCUUUCCUCAACAAAUUCACUCCAUCACCAUCAUCAACUUCCGCCGCCUCAGAAGCAAAGACAGACACAGUAAAGAAAAACCCAUUGGGUACUAUCAGUGAAGAUAAUGCUUCCGCCAACAACAACAAGUAUGACUUUGAAAAAUCAAGUGUCUAUUAUGCCAAGUUAAAGGGACUCAAUCAAGCUGUCUCCACUUGGAUCAAGACACACGUUGACAAGAAUCCCUUGUGCCUGCUCACACCCAUUUUUAAAGACUACGAGAAAUAUCUGGCAGAAAUCGAGAAAACCGAAGGACAGUCCAAUACUGGAGGAGCCCCUCAAUCACAGGCAAUGAAUAACUUUAAAUUCCAAUCGGCCACUCCACCAACAUCAUCAGCAAAUAUAUUCUCCUUUGGCAAAAAGACAACAACUGACUCAACAGAUUCUACCGCAGAACCAAAGAAAACAACUUCAAUUUUUGGAAGUUCUGCACAGAGUUCCGAAGAGAAACCAAAAGCUUCAACUGGAUUUAGUUUUGGUUCAAAAAGCGAUUCGACUCCAUCUGUUUUCCCUGUGCCCAGUAGCACAGGAUUUAUGUUUGGUGGUUCUACGAAGCCAUUUUCUUUUGGAAAUAUUCAACCUCCUCCAGCUGCAGAACCAACUCCUGCAGCUGAUGAUAAAGAAAAUGGUGAUGAAGAAGACGAACCACCAAAAGUGGAAUUCAAAGCUGUUGUCGAAGAGGACAGUGUUUAUUCGAAACGUUGCAAAGUAUUCGUUAAAAAUGAUGGCAACUUUACAGAUCGUGGUGUUGGAACUUUGUAUUUGAAACCCGUUAAAGAUUCAGAAAAGAAACAACUUCUUGUUAGAGCAGAUACUAAUUUGGGUAAUAUAUUGGUUAAUUUGAUUUUAAACGAUUCCAUUCCAACUCAACGAAUGGGUAAGAAUAAUGUAAUGUUGGUUUGUAUACCAACUCCUGAUACUGAUAAACCAACACCGAUGUUGUUGCGUGUUAAGACAUCAGAUGAAGCUGAUGAGUUGUUGGAAACUAUUGACAAAUAUAAGAAAUAAAUAAAUUAUUAUAUUAAGGUUGUAUAAGAAUGUCGUCUAUACGUACAUGUUGAAGGAUGUGUGGAGAUGUAAAAUAGACUUAAUAAAUUGAAAUUUGUUUUGUGCUUAUUUUUGAAGACCCAGAUAGAAUUGUAAAUUUUUUCUUUUGGUCUCGUAUCUUAAAUGUUAUAAUA